AUGGACAUAAAAUUCAGCGCCGCCGACUAUGUCCCGCAAAGAGCGCGAGACCGACGGAAAAUGGCCAUAUGGCCGAAAAUCGUUAUCACUUCCCUCAUCGUCGGCCUGUGUCUGCACAGCAUCGACAAAUUGAUUGGCGGACUGCUUCCCGAAAGAUAUCGCGCGGAACGUGGUUUUGCAGAGGGGAAGCAGCCGAUACUACUCGCGCAGUCGCCAUUCCGUUGGAGCACCAUCGAACCGUCCAACGAACUUCAGUACCACGACUGUUACGAUGGUCUACAAUGUGCUCGGCUCGACGUCCCCAUGGACUACCAUGCAUCCGAGGUCUCACCAGAUCGAGUCGCGCUUGCCAUAAUUCGACUACCUGCGAAAGUGUCAGUUAGCGACCCUCGAUACGGCGGCGCCAUCCUGAUCAACCCAGGCGGCCCAGGAGGCUCUGGGGUAGCGAAACUCCUACAGCACGGCUCGCAAAUGCAGCAUAUUGUCGACUCCGACAAACCUGUAAAUCAGUCGACCGAGGAGGACGACGAUAGGUAUUUCGACAUCAUAGGAUUCGACCCUCGAGGAGUCAAUCACAGCACGCCAAUCCUGACCUGCUUCCCGGACAGCUUUGCGCGACAGACUUGGAACCUGCAAUCCCUCGCCGAAGGGCUCCUGGGUAGCUCGGAGGGAUCCUUGAGGACAGGCUGGCGACGAGCGAGGGCGUUUUCCAUGGGCUGCUCGAGCCGACUAGACUCUGGGAACGGGACGACGAAUUUCCUCGAGCACGUCAAUACGACACCAGCGACAGCCGACAUGGUUGAGAUCAUCGAGCGGCACGGCCAGUGGCGCGAACGAGAAGGACAGAGAGCCCAAGAUGCAUACGACCUCACUCAUGGCCGUAACCCAGACCCAUCCCAUGUAAUCGCCCAACGUACGAAAUGGCAGAAAGGCCAUGAACCCUUACUCUACUGGGGAUUCUCCUACGGCACGGUGCUCGGCUCGACUUUUGCAGCCAUGUACCCGGAGCGAGUAUCUCGCAUGGUUCUUGACGGCGUGGUCGACGCAGAGGACUACUACAAUGGGCCCUGGCUCGGCAACCUACAGGACACCGACCGAAUCCUGCACAACGUGAUGCGAUAUUGCUCGGAAGCCGGACCGGACAAUUGCCGCCUAUGGAGGCCCGGAGGCACCCAGGCCGUUCUCGCAGCGUACGAGAGACUUCUACAGGAUAUCUGGGAUGACCCGCUUUCUGUUGUCGGCGACCAACGCCGCGGACCCGAGAUCAUCACCUGGACCGAUGUCAAGAUGGUCGUCAAAGACGCGCUCUACCAGCCCAUCAUCCUAGGCCCGAUAAUGGUCGAACUCCUGCAGGACAUCAUCAACGGCACCGGCAGCGUGUUCGCCGAGUACAAGCAAAGCGGCCGCACACCCAGCUGUCGGUCCGAACAGUGCGAGAUCGACGGGCCAUAUUCCGAGGAAUGUGUCUCUCCCGGCUGGAACGAGCUCGAAGCGACAUCCGCGAUCCUGUGCACCGACGCUCAAGACAUCGGCAGUUUCACCGAGGACGAGUUCCGCGGCUACUGGCGCACCCUGCAGGGCCAGAGCAAGGCGAUGGGCGACUACUGGGCGCAGACGCGCCUGGGCUGUGCGUCGUGGCAGGCCAGGGCCAAAUGGAGGUUUGCCGGGCCCGUCGCCGCGGCGAACACGUCGCACCCGAUCCUGUGGGUGUCGAACACGCUGGACACGGUGACGCCGCUGCGCAAUGCGAAGAGGAUGAACGAGCGGUUUCCCCGGUCCGUGCUGUUGCAGCAGGAUUGCGAGGGCCAUUGUUCGUUCGCGGCGCCGUCGCUGUGCACGGCCAAGGCGGUCAAAAAGUAUUUCCAGACUGGAAAGAUGCCGGAGCCAUGGACGCUGUGCGAGACCGAUGCGAAGCCCUUCGAGGCGGGAAGACUGCUACGGCAGAAGAUGGCGGCACUAAGCACGCAAGAUGCACAGCUUUUGACUGCGCUGCAGCAGCUGGCCGAGAGUCAAAGCUCUAACCGAUUUCUAUGAAGGCAUUCACGUGAAUCGUCCAAGGAUAGAGACAGACUAAUGCGAGCACGAAGAGAUGACAUGGAACGCAGCACAAGAUAGUGACUUCACCACACCACAUUGACUUAGGUCGUGUAAGUAGUACCACACAGGGUAUCAAGACGGCACAGCCUGAUGUGCCCACAAUCACUACAUCUAAC